UUUUUUUUUUUGGGUGACAAAGACACAAAUAUGUGACUCGGGAGAAUUGUUUUUUUUUUUUGGUGCACCGGUCCUGACUCUUGACUAAUCUUUGGUGACUUGAGAGCACUUUUGACUUAUGCUAUACUCUUUCUUAUGUUAUAUGGUUCACUGGGACUGAAGUUCAGAUGAAUGUUGUGUUGGUGCAGACCUGACUUUGUACCUUUGUUGACUCUGAACACUUUACUCUCCGACUUUACUUGGAUAUUUCGUUUGUGAGUGUAAAAAUUAUGACUUGAACUUUGCUGACUUUUCUUUUUCAGUGACUUAUAGGCACCAAAUAAUAUAUAUAUUAACACAGUGGGACAGAGAUAAAUAAGGUUCGAUGUAAAUACUGAUGUCCGGUUACAGCCUGCUGUGCUCUGUGCACACUGAUGCUGCUCUGAUCCUGUCCUCCCUAAGACAGACGGGCAGACAGACGGAGAGACAGACAGGUCUUUCUCACCUGCUGUCCCACCGCCUGCUGCAGUGUCUACACUAUGAGAGCAUCUGAUCAGCGCACAGCUGGAAACCAAGGCAGAUCAGGCUGUGAAAUCCCACCUUUUUCGACCUGGACAUCACAACAUCACACGCACGGGAGACGCGGCGUCUGUUCACCUCGCAUCCCGGAAGAUCCUGAAUGCACGAUGCCCCGUCUGUCGGGCGGCGGCAGGACAACAAUUGGAACCACCGGGACACUCCUGUCGGCUUGUCUGUUCUCCGCCUGUGCAGCCCUGCGGAGCUGCGGGGAGGUCCAGUGCAGCGACGGCCAGCAGUGCUGCCCGCCGGUCGCGGCCGCCAACGGCAGCGCCGGCUCGGCGGUUCGCUGCUGCAAACUGCCCAUCCACAUCUUCUUCGACAACGUGGGCUGGUUCACGCGGAAGCUGUCGGGAAUCCUGAUCCUGCUCCUGCUCUUCGCCAUGGGCUACUUCAUCCAGCGGAUCAUCUGCCCCCGUCCACGCCGGCACCCGCACCACGACCGCGGCGAGGAGCCCUCCCUCUUCCACGGACACGCAUCAGCGUCCCAGGACUCCCUGCUGGACCGCUACCCGGAGUACAGCCUGGGAGACUUCACCUCCCCGAGCCUGCCAGCCUACGAUGAGGUGAAGUAUUUACCUACGUAUGAGGAAAGCAUGCAGGAGAUGCACAGAGACCGAUCCGAAGACAACCUGCUGUCGGACAGUGAGAGGAGCGGGGACCGCAGGGUGAGAGCCGCAGCACCCAGGGCUGCAGAGCAGAGACGGGAUGUCCGGAUGGAGGUGUCGGGAGCCCAGCACAGCCCGGCAAGGACAUCCCGGAACUCUGUGUGAUGGGGGACAAAAGCUGCACAGACAAUAGAUGCAUUCUUAUUUUAAAUACCACAAGGGUCACCGUCCCUGAGAGACACAAACUCAAGUGCAAUUAUAAUAAUCCUGAAUGUCCAGUAUAAAGGAGGAGGCUGAGAAAAUCCACCUGUCUGGGUAGAUUAAGGGGGAUUAUGGACCUGUUUGUAUGCAAAUGAGCGUCAGAGGUGAAGUGAUGGAGAUUAUAAAGUACCAUCCAAGGAGGCUGGGGACGAGGCUCAGAAUGUUGGACACAGAAUUUGGCUGCAGCAGAAAAUCGCAUUAAGUUGUUCCUUCACACUUUAACGUUCCGUGGCACCCUGGAACUGUUAUCCUGUCAAAGUCUGUUCCAUUCUCAGUGCUUCAUAUUCUGCUGAAUCCGAGAGACCAAAAAUCUGUGGGUGCGCGAAUUAAGAUCCAGCUAUAAAGAAUCAACUAUUUACAUAGAGUCUUGAAACCCUCCAUCAGUUCCUCAAAACCCAUGAUAACAACCUGUUUGAAAGUCGAUCAUUUGGGUUUUUUAUGGUCGACAUAUAUAUCGAUCUUUAGAAAGUACACGAUGGACGAUAUAUGAUGCCGAUAUUUUUAGGCCAAUUGUACCAUUCGUUUCUUUUCAGAGGAUAAAAUAUGACAUUAAAUGAUUCCAUAUUAACACACAACAGUUCUCAGCUUCUGCAGUAUGAGUUUAAAACACAGAUAGUACUGGUGUAUUAGCAAUAAAUUCUUGAUCAUAAAAGUUUAAACUAACCAGUGGUUAACUACUAGUUUGUCCAAGGGCAUUUUGUGUCUCAACACCAACCAAUCCAAAUUCUUUUAAAUUCUAGAAAUGGGAGAAAAUUUUAACAUGACUCAAACACUCAUCAAUGCAAAACUGGAGAUCUUGCCUUAUUAACCAAAUGUACCUGAAUAUUUCACCAAUCGUCUGCAAUGCUUGGAGUUACGAUGACCAUGGUGUUCUGCCAAGCUCUAAUUGAAACACUGAAGCUACUUAAAAGUCAAUUCACCAGGUUAGUGAAACAUGAGCAGGUGCAGGGAAUUCCCUGCUCUUAGACGAUCUAAAAAGCUCCAGUGUCUUUCUACCUACGAGUGUAACGACAACUUUACACCAUUUAAAUUCUUUUUUUUUCCUGCCAAAUGUUUUAUGACUAAAAUAUGAAUGAAAAAAUUCCACAGGAACCAAACUCCAACCAAACACUUCAUGGAGAAGUGCUGAGCUCCUCUAAUGCUCCUCAGACUUCAGGCCUGAGUGUGAUUGUGGUGUAACCCAAUACUACAGAUGAUGAUGAUGGUGGUGAUGAGGAGGAUGACGGCAGAGGCAACAGUCUACACUGAUGGCUGGGUUUUCCAGAGGGACAUUUUGUGGGUGGAUGCAGUUUGCAGUUAAAAGCAUUCAGUCCCUGCUCAGGACCCACUGAUGGGUGGAUGAAGUGGACUCUGUGACCCGCCUCAAGAAACCAAAUAUGGAUGGAGGCAAGGCAAACCAUUAGAGGUUGAGUUUCAGAUUAAAUAGAGCGGGAGUGUUCCAUAGACGAGGAGAGAAUGUCAAACCUGCAGCUGAUGGAGACGAACUAGAACAACAGAACAAGAACAUCAGAAAUACAGGACUGGUACAAACACAGGCUCAUAGAAUGGAUUUGCUGUCAGCGAGUCCCGCAUCCAGUCAUUACACCACCGUGUGGAACAAAGAACAGGAAGUCGCUAAAGGUCAAAUCAAUGAGCAUCAUAUUUCACAUUAGUUCGAUGUUAUAUCCAUCACUUUCUUUUUUUCUGUUUUUGGAAACAGCCUACGAUGUUUGGCUGUUUACUUUAAUAACUAAACCUUAGAAGUGGUUUAAUAAUGUGUGAACAGGAUAAAAAUGUGGUUUAAUAAAAGCUCACUGUGAUUUGGUAUUUUGGACUUUUGAACAAAUGAAAUGUUUCCAAUGUUUAUAUAUGAAGACUGGUCCAAAUACAUUCGUAUUUCUUAUAAAUAAGUCUCAAAAAAAGAUGGCUGGUUAAUGACGUCACAUCAUUAUUCCUGACUAAAAUAGCGUGCAUGUAAAGUGUUGAAGAAAUGUUACAGUGGAGAAGAUGGUGAUCUAAUUUCUUCUCUUCCUGGUGUGGUCAGGAGUGUGUCCACUGUCUGCACUAAUGCAUGCGAAACCUGACUCCUCACUGUCAGCUCUUUUUAUAGAUUAAUACCGUUUAUUGACUGGACGACUUCAGUUUGUCACACAGUGAGAGUAGACUUCAAAAAGAGAGGAGAGAAAAAAGGCAGAUGUUUCACCUGAGCCGUCCACUCCCUGGUACUGGCUGGACUGGUCCUCUGACAACCAGUGGGUGGAGCUGCGUGGCAAGCAGUUGGAUUUACACCUGAAGAGAAGAGAAAUGGGGACACACGGAGGAAGAGUGGUUAGUGCACUGGCCUUACAGCAAAACAAUCACUGGUUUGAUCCUCUGCUGAUUGGAGGUGAUAAUUGUUCAUUCUGUUGACCACAGGUGUGAAUGUGAGUGUGAAUGGUUGUUUGUCUGUAGUGGACUGGUGAACUGUCCAGACUCCACAUCUGAUGGCUGCCGGGAUUGGCUCCACCUCCACCUGUGACCUGAAAAGGAUGAAGCCAUAAAAGAUGAACAAAUGAAUGAAAGAAUCAGGAGGAGGAGGAAAAGGGGGAUUGAAGGAUCUUUCACACUAUAAAAUAAAUAAAACUAAAAGACAAAAUAGUUUUACAUUUUCAGGUUAUGACAGUUGUUCCCAAACGUUUACAGCAGCGCCCCCCUGUGCAGACAGGACUAUUGUUGUGUUCCCCCACUUCACACAUUCACAGCCAUCGCUUUAAAACUCUGAAUUUCUCUGUUCCUAGAAAACUGUUGUUCUCACUGAACUAAGGAAAUCAAAUUAAAUAUUAGUCCAAUUUAACCAAUGUGGCAAAAGUAAAGAAAACACUGGAAUCCUAAACUAUUUGCUGAAUCCCCCCACGCCCCAUCCCCUUUUCUCCCCUCCCCUGCAAUAGUGCUGUUCGCCCUAAGAGGGCUGUCCUUCACCUUGGGAACCAAUGAAUAAAAGAAAUCAAGCAGUAAUUCUAUCAGACAGAAAAUAAAAAUAAGCAGUAAUGUGAAAACUUGGAAGGACAGUUUAUUUCUAAUAGCUUUAUUUCUUACAUUUCCUUAUAGAUGACAUUGUUCUAAAUAUAUCAAUUGUAAAAAAAAAUACACGUGUCUAUAAUGACAACAAGCAAUAAAUUAAUUGUUUUGGGUUUUUUUGCCAAAAUGAUCA